AUGUUCUCCAGACAAUUUGCCAGACUCUCCACUAGAUCGACCCUCUCUUUCCAGAGAUUCAUCACUUUCGACGCCGCCUCUCAGCCAAGACUGAGAAUUGGUUCCACCGUGCCAAACUUCAAGGCUCCAUCCACCGCUGGUGAAAUCGACUUCCACAAGUUCAUUGGCGACUCGUGGGUUGUUCUUUUCUCCCACCCAGCCGACUUCACUCCAGUUUGCACCACCGAGUUGGGUGCUUUCGCCAAGUUGAAGCCAGAGUUCGACGCUAGAAACGUCAAGUUGAUUGGUUUGUCUGCCGAGGGUGUUGACAAGCACAACUCCUGGAUCAAGGACAUCGAGGAGGUUGCUCUGGACAACAAGCCUUUCACCUACCCUAUCAUUGGUGACGAGUCCAGAGAAGUUUCCUACCUCUUCGACAUGGUUGACGAGGAAGGUUUCAAGAACCUGAACGGAGGCAUUGUCCAGACCAUCAGAUCUGUGUUUGUGAUCGACCCUGCCAAAAAGAUCAGACUCACCCUCACCUACCCAGCUUCGUGCGGUAGAAACAGUGCCGAGGUGUUGAGAGUCAUCGACUCGUUGCAGACUGCCGACAAAAAGGGUGUUGUGACUCCUAUCGACUGGACCGUUGGCCAGGACGUCAUCAUUCCUCCAUCUGUCUCUAACGAGGCUGCCAAGGAGAAGUUUGGUGACUUCAAGGAGGUCAAGCCAUACUUGAGAUUCACCAAGGUUUAA